AUGGACUCAGCGGCAGACAAAGAAGAGCGCAAGCGAGAGGCAGCAACACGUUGGCUGACUCUCUCCUACAAUCGAGUUGCUCAACGAGAAUUCCGUCGGACAAGAAAAGAGCAUCUUAGAAGCCUCGAGCAGGCACAGAAAGAACAGAGCUUUGAGCAGUCAGAAGAGAUCGAGUGUCUUCGCUGUCAGAACGACGAACUUCGAAGAGAAAACGAAGCGCUGCGAGCCCAGAUCUAUCGGCAACCCUCAAGUCACGGCAUGCUGUCAAUACAGAUGGCUGUCCGACCUCUCGGCAGUGACGGGCGACAAUACUCUCUUUCCCCUUCGAUCUCGGCCGCUUCAAUUGAGUUCAGACAUGAUGCCAAUGGCGGCUCUAUCAUUGACAUCUUCGAUAUUACCACCCUCGAUACAAGCAUACGCCGACCACUCUCCUUUGUCAUCCCAGCCAUACUCUAUGGUACAUGCAUCCGGACUCCGUCAUAG